CCCUCCUCCAUCAGUCCCAGUAGUAUCACCCUUCCUAUCCUCCUGUUUCUUCUCAAGGGCUCCCUUUUGUAUGCUAGCUUUGGAUGACUGUUCAAACUUCAAACAGGGGCGUCAGUUUGAGGUGUUCCCUUGGAGAUGCCCUAAUCUCGAAUCCAUCGUACCCCUCCAUCCAACGGCACAGAGACAGUUCCUGCUACCUCGCAAAAUUGCCACCCAGCCACAGCCCCCUCGCCGCCGCCGCCGCCGCCUCUAACCCCCGCCUUUGGCCACCUGCACCUCCCCGGGCCAGAAAUUCCUUCUCCGUACCCGUCGAUUCGCGGGAGGCGGCCAUGGAGCACGGUUCGGUGGCGGAUUCGAGCGCGUCGACCUUCUCCAUCAUGGAGGAGGAUCACACCCUCGCCAACUCCGUCAGAUUUGUCCUCAACCAGGACCCAAGGGUAGCAUUUUGUGGAUAUAGCAUCCCUCAUCCUGCAGACAACAAAGUCAACAUAAGAGUUCAGACUACAGGAGAUCCAGCAAAGGAUGUAAUGAAAGAUGCUUUACAGGACUUGAUGGUGAUGGGCCAGCAUGUUAGAGGGACUUUUGACAAAGCAGUGGCUGAUUUUAAAUCAAAGAUGCCUGCAGAACAAAUGGAUGUUGAUUUGAAUCAGCAAUGAAGUUCUCUGGAACCCCUGUUCAUCAGGAGCAAUACAAUAUGUGUAACUAGUUUAUCGUCGGAAAGCGGGUUAGUUGCGAUUUCUGCCAUUUGAGGUGUCUAUGGGUCAAUGUCUGGAUAUUGUCUUUAGAAAAGCAUGUACUGUUACCGAGUUCCUUUGUUGAACACUGGGAUGUUGGAUUUUGUUACGAAUUUAUAAUUAAUUCAAUCUCCAAGAAGGUUUUUAAA